CUCUCUGAACAAAAUCUGCUGUUGACUGUGCUCUCUGUGGAGCGUUGGUUUUAGCUGUUCUCUGACAAAGAGCUUGUUCUGAGCUGCACGUCUCGUCCUCGCUUUUCAGCCUCUGGCUUCAGCCGCUGAAUCCCAAAUAUUCUCCAGCUGGGAAUCAGACAAGGGCAGAAAUGAAGAGCCCAGAAGCCCGACACGAGGUUUCAGUUUCCCAGGGAUUUCGCGCGAUGUUUUACAUGAUGAAGCCCAGUGAAACUUCAUUCCAAACAUUAGAAGAGGUGCCUGAUUAUGUAAAAAAGGCAACUCCAUUUUUCAUUUCCUUGAUGCUGCUUGAACUUGUUGUCAGCUGGAUUCGCAAAGGGAAGCCACCGGGUCGUUUGGAUGAUGCUUUAACAUCAGUCUCAGCUGGUGUUCUGUCACGACUUCCAGGUCUAUUUUUCAGGAGUGUUGAACUGACCAGUUAUAGUUAUAUCUGGGAGAACUACAGACUGUUCAAUUUGCCUUGGGAUUCUCCUUGGACUUGGUAUUUAACAUUCUUAGGAGUUGACUUUGGCUACUACUGGUUCCAUCGUAUGGCCCAUGAAGUUAAUAUUAUGUGGGCCGGACACCAAACACAUCAUAGUUCUGAAGACUAUAACUUAUCCACAGCACUGAGACAGUCUGUCUUCCAGAAUUAUACUUCCUGGAUUUUCUACUCUCCCCUGGCCCUCUUCAUACCACCUUCAGUAUAUGCUGUUCAUCUUCAGUUCAAUCUUCUUUACCAAUUUUGGAUCCAUACAGAGGUCAUCAAUCACCUUGGUCCUUUGGAACUGAUUCUUAAUACUCCUAGCCAUCAUAGAGUUCAUCAUGGCAGAAAUCGUUAUUGCAUAGACAAAAAUUAUGCCGGUGUUCUUAUUAUUUGGGAUAGAAUUUUUGGGACAUUUGAAGCAGAAAAUGAAAAAGUUGUGUAUGGUUUAACACAUCCCAUUAAUACAUUCGAACCAAUCAAAGUGCAGUUUCACCACUUAUUUUACAUAUGGACUGCAUUCUGGGCCACACCUGGAUUCUUCAAUAAGUUUUCUGUCAUAUUUAAAGGACCAGGAUGGGGUCCAGGUAAACCAAGACUUGGUCUAAGUGAAGAAAUCCCAGAGGUCACCGGGAAAGAAGUUCCCUUCUCAUCACCCGCGUCUCAGCUGUUAAAGAUAUAUACAGUUGUACAGUUUGCUUUGAUGUUAGCAUUUUAUGAAGAAACCUUUGCAGAUGCAGCUGUGCUGUCACCAGUGACUCUACUUCUGAGGGUUUGGUUCAUUAUCCUGACCUUGACUUCCAUGGGAUUUCUUCUGGAUCAAAGACCCCAGGCAGCUAUUAUGGAAACUCUUCGUUGCUUGAUGUUCCUAAUGCUGUACAGAUUUGGUCACCUGAAGCCUCUUGUCCCUUCCUUAUCAUCUGCUUUUGAGAAUAGAGAAAACAGGUGAAGAUCUGUACGAGGACGGAUUGCAGAUACUAGACAACGGCUCUAAAAGGCAUCCUGCCGCUAGGAAAAGGCGCAGGGAUAUUUGGCAGACCGUCAGCGUCGUUUGCACCAGUACAUGACAGGGACUCAUUACCGGCUUGCCGUUGCCUGUAAGCUGGUUUCACUACCAUCAACUGCAAGGCCAGAAUGCCUGGUUCCAGAUGCUCUCGCCAAUUGACCGUAAAAUUGCCACGCAUUUCUGGCCAAGCCUGAGAUUUUUAAAAGCGCCACCCCCUCCCCUCAACACCCUAACCCCCAAUUCCCUCUGAAAAGCUGCUCAUUAUUCUUCCUUUGCCUCCUGAUCUAAGAAAAAAAAAAAAAAAAAAGAAAAAGAAAAAGAAAAAAAGAAAAAAGAAAAGAGAAAAAAAACCAUACUUCUGGAAUCAAUUAGAAAUGUCUGCCCUUGAUGAGGUUUGCACGUGAGUUUGGAGUUGUGAGACUGUGAUAGUGGCAGCCAACAGCUGCAGUUUCAGGUGGUAAAAUCUGAGAAGGAAUUUUCCAGGGUUUAUUUACCAUCAUAAAAUUUUUUUAAACAGGCAAGACGUGUCGGGAAACCGUCGUAUAUGCCUUUGAAAGUGAAGUUAAAUUUGGAUUAUAUAUUUAUUUUAUCCACAUUGAGCAAACUGAAGAUCUAUGAUGGGAGGAUCUUUCGAUUCCCUUCAUAGAUUGUGUCAAAUGGUUAUAAAUACUGGAAAUAAAGGUCGUCUUGCUAUAGGUGAAUGGUAAAAGAGCAUUUGUUAUUACUUCUGUCAUAUUAAUGCUUGACAAGAGUCAAGGUUAAUAGAAAUCAGAACCCAUCUUCUGAAGAUAAUGUGAAUUAACAAACUGUUUAUUGCACAUGUUAAUUUAAAUGCUAUUUGGGAUUUAUCAUGUCAAUAUUACCCAACUCAUGUUACUGUAUAACAAUAA